CGGAGCCAACCAGAGGGCGCGAGGCAGCACCCGCCUCCCAGGGCGGUCAGAGCAAAUCGCUGCGGUGUUCCAGCCAGUGCAGAGGCAGAUUCCUCGAUGAGCUCCUGCUCGAUUGGCCGACCUCCCACGGUAGGGUAACGGUCGCAGAGGCGGGGCCGGAGGCGGCUGAGCCGGCCGGGUUGAGCGCGCUGCGGGAGGUAGGCGGCGGCUGUGGAAGGCAAUUCAGUUUCUUAUUGCCAAUCUCAACUUCUUUUGACUCUACAAAAGAAAUUGUAUCUACAGCAGCCCCUAAAGCCAAGGAGUCCAGCAAAUCAUCAGAUAAGACUCAUGACUGAAAAACAGCGGGAAGAAGCAGAAUGGGAAAACAUGAAUGUGCUGCUGAUGAUGCAUGGCUUAAAGCCUUUAUCUCUAGUCAAAAGAACAGAUAUGAAAGAUCUCAUCAUUUUUGACAAACAGUCAUCACAGACGAUGAGGGAGAAUUUAAAAACAAUGAUGGAGGAAACAUCACGUCAACAGAAUAUGAUCCAGGAGCUCAUAGAAACUAAUAAACAGCUUAAAAAUGAACUUCAGCAACAGCAAAGCCGAGCAGCAGAUCAGGAACAACGAGCUAAUGACUUGGAACAAAUUAUGGAGAGUGUGAAGUCCAAAAUUGGUGAAAUGGAGGAUGAAUCUGUAAAUAGGGUUUGCCAGCAACAGAAUAAAAUAAAAGAACUUCAAAAGGAGCAUAAAGCUUUACAGGCAAAAUGUGAACAUUAUAAGAAAAAACGAACGGAGCAACAAGAGACUAUUGCUGCUUUGCAGAAGGAUAUCUAUAGGUUAACACAGGAAGAAGAAGAACGCAUUAUCACUCAAAAUAGGGUGUUUUCCUAUCUCUGCAAAAGAGUUCCUCAUACCGUCUUGGAUAAACAGUUGCUUUGCCUUAUUGAUUACUAUGAAUCUAAAAUUAGAAAAUUUCAUAAACAAAGACUAUAUAAAGAAGAUGAAAGUCAGUCAGAAGAAGAAGAUUAUAGAAGCCUGAGUGCUUCACCCACUUACAAUGGCCUUCUCAUGUCAUUACAGAAUCAACUCAAGGAAUCAAAAACUAAGAUAGAUAUACUUUUAAGUGAAAAGCUCAGUCUUCAAAAAGAUUUGGAAACCAGGCCCACACAGCAUGAAUUAAGACUUUAUAAACAACAAGUGAAGAAACUGGAGAAAGCCCUUAAGAAAAACAUCAAAUUACAGAAUAUUAUCAGUCAAAAAAAGGCUGAGUCCAAAGAGGGAAAAGAUGAGCCCAGCAAAGAUAACCAGCAGCAGGCUCUGAUUGACCAGAGAUACUUCCAGGUAUUGAGUAGCAUCAAUUCAAUUAUUCACAAUCCAAGAGCUCCAGUAAUAAUAUAUAAACAGAGCAAAGGAACAGCCCAACAUUUUAAUAGAGAUCUUAUUCAGGAUUGUGGAUUUGAGCAUCUUGUUCCUAUAAUAGAAAUGUGGGCAGAUCAACUGGCUUCCUUAAAGGAUUUAUAUAAGUCCUUGAAAAUACUGUCUACAGAACUGGUGCCUUGGCAUAAUUUAAAGAAGCAGGAUGAAAAUGAAGGUGUCAGAGUUGAAGAUCUGUUGUUUAUAGUAGAUACCAUAUUAGAAGAAGUUGAAAAUAAGGCAAAGGACAGCAAUAUGCCAGACUUCCACAUUUUGCGAGCUGUUGUUUCUCACUUCCAAAAAUUAUUUGAUGUUCCUUCUUUAACUGGCGUCUAUCCUCGAAUGAAUGAAAUUUAUACUAGGCUUGGAGAAUUGAACAAUGCUGUGAGAAACCUCCAAGAACUCUUAGAACUAGAUAGUUCAUCCUCAUUGUGUGUGCUGGUGAGCACAGUUGGAAAAUUGUGUAGGCUGAUUAAUGAAGAUGUGAAUGAAAAGAUUAUGCAGGUAUUAGGACCUGAAGACCUUCAAAGCAUUAUCCACAAAUUGGAAGAACAUGAGGAAUUUUUCCCAGCAUUUCAGGCAUUUACUAAUGAUCUACUCAAAAUCUUAGAAAUUGAUGACUUGGAUGCCAUUGUACCUGCAGUAAGGAAAUUAAAAAUACUUUCAUACUGAAAACAAAUCAAAUCAUUUUUACUGUGUAAAUUGCAUUCUUAACAUCCUAAGUAUUUUGUAGGAUUGAUCUUACUCUGAGACAAGGGUUAUAAAAUAUAUUUACCUCAAAAUUUACCCCCUUCUUUCUAUUGAGGCCUCCAUCUGUAUAGUUUUUAUUGACUUUGAGAUUCUUUUAUAGAAAACAAUUGCUAAGUUUAAUUAAUAAAUUAACUUUAGAUCCUUGAAUAAUUCUUAAGCAGUUCUUGAGUACUUAAAAUUUAAGAUUGUUUUAAAGUACAGUGUGUGAAUAAGAGAAACUCAGGGAGAAAUAAUGCAAGUAAUAGAAAGAUUGCAUUUAAGUUCGGAGUUUACUGACCUUUUUGGUUCUAGGAACAAGGAAUGCCAGUGUCUGUCUUUAGUCCAGCCAGCAGGAAGCUGUUACUUUCCUGGCAAGGAAAUGGCACGUUCUAUUACCGUACUGUAGUCAGAGAACAUGGUCUUUUGGUAUUGGAUCUUUGGAAUUCAUUGAGAUUUUCUUUGUGACUUUAUUGUGAUGAAUUUCCACAUAUUCUACAUGUGCUUUAAAAAGUCUAAUGUCUAAUAUAUACAUUUAUAUGUGUGUAUAUAUAUGUAGUGUUAUUAAUAUACUGUUUAAAUCAACUUUAUUUCUAUCUUUUUUUUGUCUGCUUGGUUUAGUUUAUGGGAAAUUCUGAAAUCCCUGAACUUGUCAAAUUUUGCUUUUUCAUAAGUACUUUAAAAAUACUUAUGGCCUGUUUUAUAAGUAUUUAUAAAUUCAUAGUCAAUAUCUUCUUGAUUAAUAUCUCUUCAUUGCUAUACAUGCUUUUACGUUGAAUGUAGUUUUGUCCUUUCAGUUAAUAGUUGCUGGAUAUUCUUUUCCUUUUUUUCGUAUUUCACUUAUCUUUUUUUAUAUGUUAUAAAAUACAACACAUAUGCUAAGUAUGGUAAAAACCAUAAAUUUCGAGUAUAAUAAAUGAUUAUAAAGUGAACACCCAUGCAACGUCCAAGAAACAGAACAUCACCAGCACUCCGAAAUGCCUUCCUCACACACCAUAUGUGUCUUCCCCCAAGAGAUAAUCAUUAGCUUGGCUUAUGUUAAUCAUUUACUUGUUUUUUCUUUUCUUUUUUUUAAUAGUUUUGCCAGUUUUGUGUGUAUGCCUAACCCAAGAUAGUUGAGUUUUGCUAGUUUUGAGCUUUAUAAAAAUAGAAUCAUGCUGUAUGUUCUUCUUAAUUCUGUUGUUCAACAUCAUGUUUGUACUGUUUAUCUAUAUUGUUUUAUGGAGGUCCAGGUCAUUUGUUUUCAUUGGGGUCUAGUGUUCUUCUAUGAAUGGUCCAUAAUCCAUUUGUCUGUUAUUCUAGGGAUUGCCAUUUGGGUUGCUUCCAGUUCUUAGCUAUUGUGAGCUACUGCUGUGAACAUUCUUGUACAUGUAUCCUUGUUCACUGUGUGCAGGUUUUCUAGAAUCUAAGAGGCAAAAUUGCUGGGUCCUAGAGGAGAACACCGGAGAAGGCAAUGGCCACCCACUCCAGCACUCUUGCCUGGCAAAUCCCAUGGAUGGAGGAGCCUGGUGGGCUGCAGUCCAUGGGGUCACAGAGUUGGACACGAUUGAGCGACUUCACUUUCACUUUUCACUUUCAUGCAUUGGAGAAGGAAAUGGCAACCCACUCCAGUGUUCUUGCCUGGAGAAUCCCAGGGACGGGCGAGCCUGGUGGGCUGCCAUCUGGGGUCACACAGAGUUGGACAUGACUGAAGCGACUUAGCAGCAGUAGCAGCAGAGGAAAACACAUCUAAUGAUGUGCAUGGAUCCUCUGGGGUUGUUUAGUGUGUGACUUUGAUAGAUCAUAUGUAUUUUAACUUUAGAAGAAAAUGCCAAACUGUUUCCAGAGUAGUUGUACCAACUUAUAUUCCCACCAUUACUGUAUGAAGGGUCCCCAGUUUUCCGUAUUUGACCAACUUUUGGUAAGUCAGUUUUGUUUUAUUUUUUUGGCCAGUAUAAUGUGUAGAGCUCUUAGUGUGACUUUAAUGUUUAUUUUCCUGAUUCCUAAUGAAGUUAAACAUCUUUUCCUUUGUUUUUUUUUUUAGUUUAUAGUUUAUUUUUGAAGGGCUUGUAUGUGUCUUUGGUGUUUUUUUCUGUUGCACAGUCUGUCUUCCUAUUGAUUUGUAAGAGUUAUUUACAUAUUCUAGACAUGAACCAUUUGAUGGUUACACAUGUUGCGAAUGCCUUCUUCCAUUCUGUUUCCUCUUUCCGUUUUCCUCUAGUGUCUUUUCAUGAACUGAAGAACUUAAUUUUAAUAUAGAGAAUAUAGUUAAAGAUGUAGAGAUUUAUAGUCAGUGUUCUUAGUGUCUUAUGUAAUCUUUCUCUAGUCACAAACUGUAAAGUUACUCUUCUGUGUCAUCUUACAGCUGUAUAAUUUUGCCUUUCACACUUAGUCUAAUAUACUUGGAGUUUUGUGUGUGUGUGUGUGUGUUUUUUAAUGUGGUAUAAGUAAAGGACUAUUACCUUUUCUGUCAUGGAUACCCAAUU